GGUAACCACUAACUUUUCAAGCGAAGACGUAGCGGUUCACUUCUUUUUUUUUGUUUAAAUCCUUAAUAGCUUUAACCCCACGUGUAUAUUCUUGAAAGGAGUGUCCUUGACUGAAGACAAGGUGUCUGGGGACCAGCCGACAUGGUACGCCUGACCGCUGACCUGAUCGCCAAAUCUAAAAACAACUUCAAGAAGAAGAAGAGAGGCAUCUCACUCCAAGAGUAUCUUAGGACCUUGACCCACUUGUACUUUUCCAGCCAGAAUAUUGAGGAUAUUGGCGACCUCUCCAUGUGCAGAAACCUCACCGUGCUCUAUCUGUACGACAAUCACAUCACGCACAUUUGCAACCUGGACUUUGCGUGCAACCUCACCCAUCUGUACCUGCAGAACAACAACAUCACACGUAUUGAGAACCUCUCCAAUCUGCUCAAACUCUCCAAGCUCUAUCUGGGUGGUAACAGGAUUACGGUGGUAGAGGGCAUGGAGCGACUGAGCAAGCUGGAGGAGCUGCAUGUGGAGAGUCAGCGCCUGGCGCCAGGGGAGAAGUUGCUCUUUGACCCCAGGACCCUGCACUCCCUUGCCAAAUCUCUCUGUGUCUUCAACAUCAGUAACAACAGCAUUGAUGAAGUUGGGGACCUGGCCGCGCUGUGGGAAAUCCAACAUUUUUCUGCUACUGAUAAUAAGUUGGCCAAUAUUGAGGAAUUAGAGGAGGUGUUCGGGUCCUGGCCUUGGCUCCUUCAAAUGGACUUGCGCGGAAAUCCUGCGUGUAAGACGACAAAAUACAGAGACAGACUGAUCACAGCGUGCAGAAGACUCAAAGUGCUCGAUGGCCGCGACAUCCAUGAGGUGACCAGAGAAUUCCUCAUUAAUUGGAAAGCAUCCAAAGAAGCAAAGAAGAAAAAAAGUAAACACGUGAUGGCAACGUUUAACUCACCUCCCUUAACAAAUGACGCAAUGGUGGGUGAAGGCGCACGUCCACCUCAUGUCUGCUGCCAUGCUAACAUGCAUGGAUGGAAGCUGCAGCAGCCUUACAGGGUGCAGCAGUUGAAAGGGUCUCUGUACAGACAACUCAACCAUGUGGCCGUCACGUCAGAUAUGUGUAGCCCUACGCAUACAUAAUACCACUGUAGGAGUUUCAGAGUGGAUUAACUUGUUUGAUCUAAAUUGGUGUUGAUUUAAUAUAAAUAGAUUUAAUGUCUUUUUUUGUGUGAAAGUUGUUAUCAAUUUUUGGAUCUAUGGAUACAAUUUACUGCACAAGUGUCUAUGCCGGGUGUGUCCACAGUAUGGCCCGAGGGCCAUUUGUGGCCUGCUGCUUGUAUUUUUUAUUGGCCAUGUGGCACAUUGUAGAAAUACAAUUAAACAAUUUAAUGAUACUAAUAACAAAUAAUAGAGAUGUGUAACAAAACUCUGUCUCUAUCUCAAUGGCACACCUGUGCUGACGUUAACGGUAGCAAACAGACCGAAAGACUGGUAUAAACAUCUCAUUUUGGUGCUAAUAAUGGCACUGAAAUGGGGCAAAAAUGAGGUACUGUAUAGUUAGCACCACCUAAGUCCCGAGUCAACUGUCAUGAC